GCACGAACCGCACAAAUCCCUUUUUACCCUGAAACAGUGUCAGAUUACAUAGAGAAAGAAAGAUCAAUAAAGAAAUUGACGACUUGCUUUAAUGCAUAUACGUGUAUUUAUGUAAAGAUCGUUUGGUCCCCGUUAUAAGAUAUCGUCCUAUCCUACAAAUGUCAGGGUUCAGUUAUAGGCCUAUGCUAUGUAGUAUAUAGAGAUAGGUCUGUGAACAGUGACUGAGGUUAGGGAGAGGCUAGAAAGGGACUUUGUGGUUUCGUCUUUAUUACCAUAGCUUUAAAAGGGUCUCUCUUGAUUAGCCACUGUUUGUUUCAAAAGGCCUGAGACCCUGAGCUUAGAAGGGGGGGUUCUUGCUGCUGUUACAUCCUCGGUAAUCUGGAGGAAUUCAUGGCUAUGUCACAGCUUUUCUGUACCAUUUCCUUUUCUUGGACUUUGUAUCUCCCUUCUUACUGCGAGUUAUUUCACUGGCCCUGGAGCUUGUGUAUCUUAUCAGGGUUGUGGAUUGUUUCACUCCUGAUGAAUCUGCUGCUGCUGCUGCAGCUGCAUGGGCUACUAAACGUUGAGGUUGUUGUCUUGUUAACGUUGGGGCAGGAAAAUACUGAAGACUGAAAAUACCAAGUUGUUAAUGGCAUCAACAUCUUGUGUCAGCAAGAGCCCAUUACCCAUGAAAGAGGUAGCUUCGAGCUAUCGUGCGUAUCCUCCUCCUCUAGCAACAUAUGAGGAGGUUGCUAACAAUUCCAAGCUCUUCAUGUCUACCUUGGAGAAGCUCCACGCUUCUAUGGGUACCAAGUUCAUGAUUCCCAUUAUUGGGGGAAGAGAACUGGAUUUGCAUCGCCUCUUUGUUGAAGUGACCUCUCGUGGAGGGAUUGCGAAGAUAAUUAGAGAGAGAAAAUGGAAAGAUGUUACUGCAGUUUUCAAUUUUCCGUCAACAGCUACAAAUGCUUCUUUUGUGUUGCGGAAAUACUAUGCUUCCUUGCUCUUCCAUUAUGAACAAAUUUAUUAUUUUAGAGCCCAUGAAUGGGCCCCUACCACUUCCGAUGGUUUGCAGAGUCAAUCAACUGUCCCAGUUCCUGCUCAACAGAUGCAUUGUUCGCAGCCUUCUUCAGAAAGUCAACCAGCUGUCUUUCAACAGUCAAAUGUUAAUGCUGCCAGGCUACCUGAAGCAAUGGCAGCAUCUUCGGCUGGGUCUCCAGUCACUGGAGUCAUUGAUGGGAAAUUUGAAAGUGGGUAUCUAGUUACUGUUACAAUAGGUUCAGAGAAGCUCAAAGGCGUACUUUAUCAAGCUCCACAAAACCCUGUAUUGCCAGUUUUCCAUCAUAGUGUUUCGGUUAAUAACAACAAUGCCUCUGCUUCAUUGGGUGUCCAUCGUCGCCGACGCAGGAAGAAAUCAGAAAUAAAAAGGAGAGAUCCUGCUCAUCCAAAACCCAACAGAAGUGGGUACAAUUUCUUCUUUGCAGAACAGCAUGCAAGACUAAAACCACUUCACCAUGGGAAGGACAGGGUAAUUAGCAGGAUGAUUGGUGAACUCUGGAACAAGUUAAACGAAUCGGAAAAGGCAGUUUAUCAAGAGAAGGCUGUGAAGGAUAAAGAAAGGUACAGAGCAGAAAUGGAAGAUUAUCGUGGGAAAUUGAAGAUGGGCCAAAUUAUCAGUGAUGCUGUGCCACUUCAACAACGACUUCCCGAACCAGAUACAGACAUGUUGGAUGCUGAGGCAGAUUCUCCUCAGACUCCGGAGGAGAGCAGUUCUGGUGGAAGUGAUUAUGAAGAUGAUAAAGCUACAGAGAAAGAUUUCGAUAUGGAUGCAUUGCCCGUUGUAGGAGUGGGUGCUGAAUCUAGCUGUUUAGGUUCAGAAGAGAAGUCAUCAUCCAAGGGGGGUUUAUGAGCUUCUUCUUCAGGAAAGAGAGAAGAUGAUGAUGAUGAUGAUGAUGAUGGGGGUCAACAGGUCCAGAAGAUGGAGGAGAGACAAGUUAACUGGCACUACUUUAGCAGAAAUAGAUUUUUUAAUGACAAUUUUAAGUUUUGGGGUGGGAUUGAGUUGCUGUUCACAAUCGCAGUGCUUAACUGUGGGUUUUGUCAUGUCAAGAUUUAAUUUCUGGUGUUCUUGUGGGCUUCAUGUGGUUGUACAUUUGGCAUGCUGACAUAGAUGAUGAUAACUAAGUAGGCCUUUGGGAGCAACGGAAACUAGAGAGUUUGCUCCUCUUAUGUUAUUAGAUCGACCAUGACCAUAGAAUAAAAUCUUGAUAUUCAAAUUUAGAAUUAUUAUAGCCCUAUAUAUGUGUUCGGUCCCUGAUUCUCCGAUAGAAAAUCCAUUCAGAAAAAUAUCCAUUUCUUAUGCGCGGGGUAAAAAGGAUCAUACAAAGGAGGAAGUAUGCCAAUGCUCCAGUGCUUUUCAUUUAGUCUUCUAGCAUGUGAAAAAAUAAGCUAAAAGAGAUAGGGAAGGAAGCGUCUUCUAGCAUGUG